UCUAGUGGCAAAAUCACAUUUUUAAUUAUUCUGUGGGGGUAUUUUUUGCUAGAGAAAAUCGCAAGAAAAUCGGGAAAAUAGGCAGGAAAGGUGGGCAAAAAGUAGCCAAAGAACCUGCACCCGGACUCCCCGUGGGCUUGUGGUGUUGCUAAUUGCCGGCAAAAUGGCUAUUUCCAGCUGGAUGCUAAGAAAUCGAAGUAUGCGGUCAAAAGGACGACCGCCGGAGGAUUGCUACAAGUUGAACAUAUCGAAGACGGAUGCUGAGAAUGCAUUUGACAUCUACCAGGGGCUGAGCUUUCGGGGUACGAGUGAGCAUAAACGCCUCAACUUCCUCAAUGCACUCGUGCAGCUCCUCGAUCAGGUCCGGGAACCUCAAAAUCUCGGAUUUUCCGUCGAGGAUUUCCUCUAUUGCAUUUCCCCCAACCUCGUUCAUCACUUCACACAAGUCCGGGCAGCGGCAUUGCGUGUUGUCCGGCACCUCUUGUCCCACCCCAAGGACGUGCAGGUGUUCAAUGAUCUGCAACUCUCCUACCUCGUCUGCCGGAGCCUGGACAUUGUGCUGAAGAAUGAAGUUGAGCGUAUUCAGGCGCUCAAACUCAUCCGCCGGAUGCUAAUUCUUGCUCCGCAUCUCAUCAGUCCUGUCAUUGUGCGUUGCCUCGUCUCACUGGGUGAGAGUGGCUCCGAAGAUGGGGAUCGAAUGCUACGCUCCUGCCUUGCGGUGUUGUGUGAAUUUGGUGUUCUCAAUCCCAUCCUCCUGAUUGUCUGUGGCGGCGUGAGUGCCAUCACGCGCAAUGUCCUGGAAUGCCACAGUCCACGUAUUGCCGAGAGCCUCUGUGGGGUCCUCCUGCAUCUCCUCGAGUGGCCACACACGCGCAACAUUGCCGGCGUACGCCUUGAGUGCCUCGCAGCUCCCUACUGUGACUUCACCUACCGUCUGGGCAUCAUGGACAAGAAUAAAGAUGCGAGGGAUUUGCGAUUCACCUGCAGUCGUUUGGCACUUUUGUCUGUACUUAGAAGCUGGGCUGGUACCAUUGAGUUCUGUGAUCCGAGCAAACCUUCUGGCUUGAAGGCAAUUGUUGAUGUUUUGUAUUUAAAUCAACUUGAAGUUAGGAAAGCAAUUCUUGAUUUGUUGUAUGAGCUGCUGGAGCUGCCACAGCCCGUGUGGACGGAUGAGUAUUCUGUGGCACUUGCUGUGGUCGAUCCGGCUGAUUUUCAGGAUAACUGGCGUCUCAGUGAGGGCUUUGUUGCAAUGGAGGGACGGAGUGUCCUGCCAACAUUGGCAAAUCGCGUCCCGAAUCCGUGUGAGAUUCAUUUGGCGCUCCUUCUGUACUGCUUCCUUGAAACGGGACUGCUGGAUGCUCUGGUUGAGGUGAUUGUGAGUAGUGAUACGUUCAUAUCGGUACGUGCAACGGUGCUCCUGGGGCGUCUUCUGCACCUCAUGCACACCCUCCUGCCGGCGGAUAUUUGCAGUACGAGCCCCUCAUUGCCCACACUCAUUGCGCAUGCAGCUCAGGGGAAUCAUCAGGCAACGGCAGCAGUGGCAGCACUGCAGGAUUUGCAUCAGAUCAUGAAGAAUCGCCCAGCGUCGUGUUCCCUCUUCUUGGAUAGUAUCAUCCAGAGUGGGAGUAUUGUGCACACGAAGCUGUUUAAGCGUGAAAUCAGCAGUAUACCCGAUAAUCCGACACUCCUGCUCACGAGUCGCUUUGCGGGGACGCUGGAGAGGAGGCGGCAUGACUCUGUGGGGUCAUCGAGUACGAGUGGAGCUGGAGAUCUCGGUGGGGAUGGGAGUGUCAAUGGGAGUGGGAGUGGAAGUACCAAAAUGGGCACAAUACGGAAGUCCGGGAGCUUCAAACGGAGUAAGUUGCUUCAUUUGUUUGACAGCAGCAAGGAGGUGAGUGAUCGCCUCCUCAAGGACUCCAAUGUGUUGCUGAAUAAGGAUGGGAAUGUGUGGGAUUGGGAUAUUAUUGUGGCGAUUCUCAAGUCUGACAGCUUACUGAAGAUGGAUGAUAAUCAGUGUCGCUUCAUUCGACGCCUCGUGCACUACUUCAAGCCCAGCAAUAAUCGCUUCUCGCAUCAAGAUCUCGGGCAUGGGCGACAUAUUCCGGGAACUGUGCUCGCUGGCGUGGAGCUGGUGGAUUGGCUGCUACGCUGCCAGGAUGGGGGGGCGCAGCAGCAGCAGAAUAAGGUGCACAAGUACUCAAUGGAAUCUCUGAGGCAUCUCACGGAUCUCUUUGCCGACAUAAAUUCCCACCUUCAGGCCAUUUCGACGUCACGCAGUGCCCACGAUUGCCUCUUUAGUCCGCAACACAUGAUCAGCACAAUGUGCCAGCAGUAUUUCCUCUUCAUCGGGCGCAUGUGCCGGAGUGAUCAUGGGAUUAUUAUUCUCAAGAAUACGGACAUUUUCAAUCAGCUCACCCACUUGGUCACCACAACCAAUCACGUGUGCUACAUCAAGCUGGUUGUCUCGGGGCUGGACUACUCGCGGGAUCCGCUGCCACGGCAGAUUCUUGAGAAAGCCCUCACGGAGUCGGUGAAUCGCAGCGGACGGCUGUACGCUACGCAAUUCCUUCUUGUCCUCAUGCGUGCCAAGAUACCAAAUUUUGAAAUGUGGGGACUCCCGAUGCUCGUAAAUCAGACCAAGGAUCCGGAACAGAGUGUCCUGAAUGCUGCUCUGGAGAUUCUCGAAGAGGCUUGCCACGAACCGCUGUACUUGAAUGAAUUAGUCAGCAUGUGGCCACCACUAGCUAGUCUCGGUGAUGCGGGGAAGCUUGUAAAGGUUCGCUUUUAUUCCACAAUUAAGGGAUUAAAUCACAUUAAUGCAAAUAUCGUUGAGCAAACGAAACAUUGGGCAAAUAGUUACAACAAGAGGUAUGUCCUUCUUGUUGAAGCAGACAUUCAUGCUAGUCUAACGUUGCAUACAAAGAACGAAGAUGGCACAUAUAGUCGUCGUAGUUGUUCAACACGUCCCACAAUUGUGCCGUCAAAUGUUCUCCCGCAUCUCUAUGGGCAACUUGUGCAGACAAGCGCUGGGAUGGGGAUUCUGCAAAAGCACGGAAAUCUCCCGAAACUCAUUGAGACGCUGUCACAGUCAACGUGCACGGAUGAGAUGGAGAGUUUAGCAAUGAAGGCAGCUCUCUGGGCACUGGGGCAUGCAUCAACGAGUGUUGAGGGUGUGGAAUACCUCAAUGAUCCCAUAUCGCGUGUAUAUGAGAAGAUAAUCUUCCUAGCAAAGCACUGUGAGGUCUAUUCCGUACGAGCUACAGCAUUGAAUGUUUUAGGAUUGAUUGGGAGUACCAAUGCUGGGGCGAAUAUUCUCUUUAAGCUCGAUUGGAUGUGUGUGAGGCACGAUAGGAAUACCAUUUGGCCAGUUUGUGAACCCGAAGAUUGGCUUUCGAAGCAUCUGACGCCGAUGAGGCAUCAAAUAGGUGAUAUGCCGCCGUACAAUUAUCGCGGGAUUGAGGAGAAUGUGGUGGAUUUCGGUACAACUGAGACAUCCUUCUACUUUGACGAGGCCAAUGAGAAUAAGUUGAAAUUUGAUGAAUUCUACGUUGUUGACAACAGUAUUCAAUGUACGGAGGUAACAGAUGACGGGACUCCUAUGCCAAAGUCCAAAUCACGUACCCUCCCGGAGAGUGUGGCAACGCGAAUGGGGGCAAAACAUGCGAGAUCGUUGUCAGAGAGCAAAACAUCCGAUGGGUUGAGCCUCAUGACGGCAACAAAUCGCACACGCUUCAAUUCCGGAACGGAUUCCAAUACAUCCGGCGUGAGUAGUUGUGACUCAAUAAUUGGGAAGAACAUUAUUAGUGAUUUGCAUCAAACACUGAGUCCCAUCCCAUCCACAUCGAAUCUCCUGGAUAUACGAAAGCCAAGUGAGAAGAGGCUGAGAAAAAUCUCCCUCACGGGUGUCCCAAUUCGUGAGAAUACCAUUAGUCCGCAAGAUCUCGAGGGGUAUGCCAAGUUGCGUUCACUGAGGCGCCAUCAGAGGCCAAUGUUGUCGGAAUCAGCGGCUGAUGAGCUUGCCGAAAUGAUGGAGGAUGUAAUUCUCAGGACGAAUAAAUUGGAUUUGAGUGAUCAGCAACGAUCACUCAAGGUGCGGAGUCUCGAUCGUCAAGGUUUUCAACUCACCCCGUCGUCUAGCUUCAAGAAUGACGAACUUUCAUCACCAAAAUCCGUCUCGAGCUCCCUCAAACUCAUGUCGUCGAAUGACUCCAAAGGACCUUGCUAUUCUGGCAUCUGUCUUCCACGGAAUAUCCUGGAUUUGUUCCCGAAGCGUAACAUAAACACAACAUACGUGUCACGGUGUAUGCAGGACAUGGAGGUGGGUGAGAUGAAUAAUUUGAUGGUGUUGAAGCAACAAUUUCUCGUUGAUGGGAUUGGAGGUGGUGGGGAGGGUGAUGAGAGCUCCGUGAGUAGCCUGUCGGAUAUCUCAACGAAUAGCAAACGCUCGAAAUGGGCGGGGAAGCACAACCGGAGUAAUUGCUUACAUUGUUGCCGUUCCAAAAUAAAUCGUCUCCAUCCACGCACCGACAGUGACAUCAACAUCCACCGGCGGAAGAGUCAGCAGAACUCCCUGCAGCAGCUGUCGGACAUAAGCUUCCAUUCGCCGGAGAGUGUGUUGAGUGAGGAGAGUAUGCCGGAUCGUAUUACGGCCAAUAUAUUGCGGUAUGUGCAACGAAUGGCAAAUCCGGUGUGGAGUAAACACAGCAAGAUGUCCCUGUUGGAGUUGAAGCAGAAGCAUCCGUACUCCUUUCAGGAUAUUUGUCUGUAUUCGGAGAUUUGCAAGGCAAUGGGGAGGAAUACGUACAGGCAGAAUGCUCGGAGAUUCCUGCAGGAGCUCUUCCUGGAUUUGGACUAUGAUAGUUUCUACAGUGAAGCGAGUGAGAUCAUUCAGCGAAGGGAGCGUGAAAUGUCUGAUGGGGAGAGUUCCACGAAGGGGAUACGUCUUGAAUUGGAGAUUGUGGAGCCGCUGCCGCAGACGGAGAAUCAGCGGCAGGGUGUUGAUGAAGUUGAGGGUGUUGAGCCAACAAUGGGGAAUGCGAUUAAUUGGACGUCGGGCUUUCAGAAAGCCAACAAAUUGGGCCUUAAAUCUCCACCCUUGGCCAGUGUGUAUGAGACAAGUGUGGAGAAUCUCGUUGAUUCGCAGUCAAAGUCUACAAAAGUCGUCACAGUGGAUUGCCAUGAGCCACCUGAUCGUGGUGGUGGGAGGCAGCAGCACGAUGAGGAGGAGGAGCAGCAGCAAAGGAUGAACAGCUACAGUGGGGAGAGUAGCAAUAAGAGGUGGACAAUGAGACCACGUUUCCACACAUUGGAGCUAGAUCUCACGUGUACACACAAUAAAUUCCCCAUAACAGAUCGGAGUAGGAAGAAGGAUUACUCACCCACGUGGUAUGUUGGGAUCUUUGAGGAUGGUGGUGGUGGUGGUCUCAAGGAAACCGGAAUUAUGCCAACGGUCGUAACGGCAGGGAGUUUGUACUGCGAGAAACGCUUACAGUCAUACAAAUCAGAGGCUUCGCUAUCGCGGAAUCGACGAGAGGAGAAGGAUUAAAAUAAAAAGGAUAUAGAGGCGUUGGUGGAAGGAUACUUCUCUCAAAGGCAGGUGUGUGUGCUCUGCAAAUUUUCUUCUCACUUUUAGAGAUGUUUCAGUGUACAUUUUUUAUUCGAAUUUAUUUCCCCCACUCCCAAAACAUAUAAUAUUGUUAAUUUGUAUGAUUUUUUUUUAAAAAGAAAAAUUGAAUUUAAUAAAAAGAAGAAAGAAAUAUUUAAGCGCGCAAAA